AUGUCCGCCGAACAAAUCUCGACUAGCAUUCUGAUAACCUUCUACAGGGCGUUCUCUGACCACUAUCCCCUCACGGCGGGAAGUUUCUCUGAGGACAGCGAGGAGUGGACCGAGGAGGAGGAGCCUCUGUCUCCCGCCCCCGAACCUGAAUACCCGGCGCUUUCCCCCGGUCACACCCGGACGCGCUCCAUGCCGGACGAGGGAAACAAAGAACUGAGCGUGAACCAUGCUCACAGUCGCAGUGACAUCAUCGCAGACAGCCCAGACGUCCAAGCGAGGCAUGAAGCGCUUCAUAAGUUGGCAACAUUCUUCCACUCACCGAAACCAGAGGAGCCAGCUGCUGCCGGCCACGCUGAACCAGAAACAAGUUCUGUUCUCGUGAAGGAGGAAGAAGUUCCAAUACGCACUGAACCAGAGACAAGUCCUGUUCUCGUGAAGGAGGAAGAAGAAGUUCCUCUGCCUGCAGAUACUUCAACGCAGGAUUUCGAUCUCAAGGACUUGAUUAUUUUACCUCCUCCCGACCUCUACGCCGACUUCACCGAUGAGUAACCAAUGAGUCGGACGAGAAGCUGAGGAACCAGGAACCGCCUCUGUUGUUGUUGUUCUUCACACUUUGACCCGUGUGAGUCACAUGACACUGUGAC